GAGCGCGCGCUUUUCACGCCCCACUGUUCACUACUACAGCCGACCAGCAGUGACGCUUUUUUUGCGCUUCUUUCCUUCCUAAACUUUUGGUGUUGAACCCUUCAGUCUGUCGGACUCACUGUUCUGUACCGUUAAGGAUUCCACUCCGGUUAGACUCAUCCUCCUGCUCCAGCGUCAGCCAUGUUGGUGAUUUUGGCUUUCAUCAUCUUCUUUCACAUUAUCUCAGCGAUACUGCUUUUCAUAGCAACGAUCCAGAAUGCUUGGUGGUUUACAACAAACGGUGACUUCUACACCGAUCUUUGGUACAUCUGCAACGGCACCUGUAAAGACAUUCCAAGCAGUGCGUCCAGUGAUGCCGGAUAUCUUCAGGCGGUGCAGGCUGCCAUGAUUCUAGCAACAAUCCUGUGCUGCGUGGACUUCUUCGUCUUCAUCCUUCAGCUUUUCCGUUUGAAGCAGGGCGAGAGAUUCAUCCUCACGGCCAUUAUACAGCUCUUGUCUUCGCUGUGUGUGAUGAUCGCCGGGUCCCUUUACACGGCCGGGAGGACGACUUUCCAGGCCAAGAGCGUACAACAGGGCGACUACGGCUACUCCUUCGUGCUCGCCUGGGUGGCCUUCCCCAUGACGUUCAUCAGCGGCCUCAUGUAUUUAGUCCUGCGCAAGCGCAAGUAGGACGCUUUACAACAGUCCACCUCACACGGCUGUGACCUUCGACGACAGAAUUUAUCGUGUAAAUAUGUUCUAUUUUAAAAUAUAAAGAUCCAAAUCAUUGUCAAAACAUAAUAAUGGGGGGGAAAAAAACAAUGUAAAGCAUAAAAUACUGGAAACUGAUGUGUUUUCCUUCUGCGCCACGUAGGAAAUUGGAAAUUUGAACAGAUUAAUGUUUAAAGGAUUAGAGUUAGAAUUAGAAAUAGCAAAACCACUAUUUAGUUUUAAAAUUUGGCUCAAUAAACACUCGACCGUUUCUAACAAGUCGGAUAAACAUCAUGCUGCCAGUUUGCAGAGCAGCACAUGAUACUUGAAGCCGAACAAAGCGAGGCCAGAGGUGUGUACAGGACACCUAUUGUGUGAAACUUUUCUUAUCCUGGUGUUUUUCUUGUUUAAACUGAAGUUGUAGUUAUACUGCAUGUUUAAUUUCACCUGUAUUUAGCUUACCGUUAGCACGAAUUAUAUUUCAUAGGCAGUGUAAUAAGCUCAUAGGGAAAGAUUUGGGGUUGGGAGAUAAGAUUUGGUUGGUUUUUUUAAUCUCGUGUGUUUCACAGAAAUGUUUCAAAUAAUUUAGACGUUUAUUUAUGUUUUUUUUGUACUGAAGUAUUAUUUCGAGUUUGAACCCGUUUUACUGAAGGCUUUUUUUUUUUUUAAUGGAGUGAAAUCGUAAUGGCAGCUUUCUUUCUUCUUUUAUUUUUUUUUUUAAUCCAUUUUGCUUGUUGUUUGUGUCAAGAUCUAUCCGGUUGCCUGUAUUUCCAGUGACUUGUUUUCUAACUUGGGCUCGUUUUCUGCAUUUUUUGAAAUUCAAUUAAAUGUAUUUUACUUUAAAUUA